AAAUCUGUCGUGCCUAGUAGCCGGAGUCCACAUCCCGAGUCUGAAAUCAAUCUAUCUAAAAGUACAUGAGCAGUCGCGAGUCCCAGUGAUUGUUUACUGUAAACAUGCCGCCGUGUUGACCAAGGACCAAGAUGCCAGAAAGAAGAGUAGUCAGCCUUCAUGAUGGCAGCCAAAUGCCUACUGUUGGUCUCGGAACUUGGAAGGCCGAGCCUAGCAAAGUUGGCAAUGCUGUGUCGGUCGCCAUACGCGAGGGGUAUCGGCAUAUCGACUGUGCAGCCGUGUACGGCAAUGAGGGCGAGGUCGGACAGGCGCUGAUCGAGUCUAUGCAGUCGGGUGUCGUGAAGCGUGAGGAAAUGUUCAUCGUCUCCAAGCUAUGGAAUGCAGAUCACCAGCAUGCGAAAGUUAAGCCGGCACUGGAGCGGUCACUGAAGCUACUGAACUUAGACUACAUUGACUUGUAUCUGAUGCACUGGCCACUUGCUAUGCACGACGAUCGAUCUCUGAAUUUCGACAUACAUUUCAUGGAGACGUGGAAGGCGAUGGAGGAGUUGGUCGACUGUGGUCUGGCACGGCACAUCGGCCUAUCUAACUUCAACCAGGCGCAGAUUUCCGAAGUGCUGUCCUCAGGCAGGAUCCAUCCGGCCGUUCUCCAGAUAGAGAACCAUCCGUACCUGACCCAGACUGAGCUGGUUGAGUUCUGCCUGAGCAACAACAUCCAGGUCACAGCGUACUGCCCACUGGCACGGGCUGGAUUUCCCAGGCCUGACCGACCGGGUAACCUGCUGGAGCACCCCACAGUCUGUAGCAUUGCUGCAGCUCACAAUGCAACACCAACACAGGUGCUGGUACGGUUUCAGCUGGAGCGUGGUAUCACUGUCAUACCAAAGUCAGUCACGGCCGAGCGUAUAAAGGAGAACAUACAGGUGUUUGCUUUCUCCUUUUCUGACGAGGAAAUGAAGUCACUGCAUGCUAUCAACCUGGACUGGCGAAUCGUGCCGAACGAAGGUUGUCGUGAGCAUCCACUGUUCCCGUUCUCCCUCUAGGCCCGUGUAGUCUGCUGCUUGAACUUCAGAAUGUUUAGAAACCGUGUCCGGGCAAAUGGCAUGGGAUGAACACCGAGCUGGACUCGCCGUCCUAUUUGCCACCGACACCGAAAACGAUAGGAUACUAAUUAUUAUUAUAGUCUUCGCUAGCAUAUUGCUGCAUUGCAUCAGUGCUACUGCCGCUGCUGGAGCUGUUGCUGUUUCCCAUUAAGUGUCUUGCUAUUGAGAUCACUGGAUGUCAGUCUGUCAUGAAUUCUGUGCUAAACUGCUGGCGUGUUAGGCAAGCAUGGUGAAAAUGUACUGAAGAAAAUAUUUCCCCUUCUCCGCUAUGUUGUUCACACGGCCCUGGAAGCUUCCUGACCUUACCGUACGGUCUGUGGCAUUUUACGAAAUUGAUUGUAGCCAAUGCUGUAUUGAGUAUGAAGUAUUGGUUAGUUUUACACUAGGUGCUGCAACCGAUUUCUUAUUUAUUCCAGAUUUCUAAUUCUUCUGCUGCUGCUGGUGUUUUUUUGUAUGUUUUAGUUCCAAGUUUGUUGUCAGUGGCUUUUGUACUUAUAGUCUUGCACGGCUAUCAGUGCAUCUGGUG